AUGCUUACCUUCCACCCGAAACCUUUGGUCUUCUCCGCCGUAGCCAUGUCUGGGCCACACUCACACCAGCCGGAACGGAAAAUCACCAUAGCCGCAGAGAAUUAUCCGGUGCCACUGUCCCCUACGCUUCCCCCAAUCUCCAAGCAAAUCGAGCUCAGCAGAGCCAUGACCGCUUCUUCAAACUCAAGCCUCUAUUCCCUCUCACCCGCGGACAUUCUCUACCACGACGAUCACAUCAUCGCAGUCAACAAGCACAACGGAAUUUACUGCGAGACCCUCCUUUCCUCCCUCGCUUCCCAAUCGGACGAGCUUCACCUCGCUAAUCGACUCGACCGCGACACCAGUGGCAUAUUGCUCUUAACUAAGUCGCACAAGGUAGCCGCGAAACUUGUCAAGGCCUUCACCGAACACAAAGUGAAGAAAACAUACAUUGCCCUAUGCACCGGUCCUCCUCCAAAUUGGGAGCAGGUCACCGUCAGAUCCGGUCACGGGAGGUCCAAGUUUGGCGCUUGGCGAGUCUACGCUGCUUCCGAUGUGGGACGCACGCUACCGGGUGGCUCGGUCGUCCGGUCCAUGGAGACUUCCUUUGAGGUGUUGUCGGUAAACGGAAAUGGCGGCUUCAGGGAGGUCUCUGAUACGGGCGACGCGGGAAAUGUUUUGGUGGUUGAAGAAAAAGCGGUGAAAGAGGAUUGUAAUGACAGUGAGAUAGUGGUGAGAGCGUAUCCUCGGAGUGGAAGAACGCAUCAGAUUCGCUUGCACUGUCAAUACCUAGGGAUUUCUAUAAUAGGGGAUGUUAAAUAUGAAGGUGUAUACGAAUGGAAAGGUACAACUCAUCAUGCACAUCACCUUCAUGCAGAAACCUUGUCCUUUGAACAUCCUGUUACUGGUCUUAACGUCAUGCUACGUGCACCUCUCCCUCUAUGGGCUACCAAGGCGUUUCAGCAUUAA